AACGAGGAUGAUAAAAAACAUAUGUUUGCUCUUUACAGGUACAGUUGUUCGAAGAGACUGUACACCACAGUCAGGCACACGUUGCAGCCUCUGUAACAAUGGGACUUUCAUGAAUCAACCCAAUGGCCUGAAUAAGUGUUUCCCCUGCACCUCCUGUGUCCCAGCUCAUGGUGUCUUUGCCCAGCAGAAGUGUACGGUAACAACCGACACAGUUUGUGAUGUUUUAAGUGGGUAUUUCUGCAGGAGUCUGGCCAACGAUACAGGAUGUAGUUUGGCAGAGAAACACACACACUGUGCACCUGGUCAGAGGAUAAAAGAACCUGGAACCAGCAGAACUGAUACAGUGUGUGAAGACUGUCAGCCAGGCUAUUUUUCACAGGAUGGUGUGAACUGCACAGCGUGGACAAUUUGCUCAGAAACCCGGGUGAAGGUCAAAGAAGGAGGCCCGAGUAACGAUGUCGUCUGCGGCGCUGCAUCAAGAAAUCAUUCCUUUUUGUUUACACCUCUUUUAUUGUGUUUGUCAGAAACACUUGUUCGGCUUGUGACCAGAGAUUGGUGUUUUCUUUGCUACCCUACAUAAUAUUUCUAUGAUUAUUUUCUGGACUGUUUCCUUUGAAUACCUUACUUUCAUUUAUUUCAUUUCUACUUUUAUUUUUGGUUUUAUUCUCUUCCAAACAUCUUCUCACUUUUAGCAUUUUAUAAUUUUAUAUUCACUACUUUGCCUUUUUUAUGUGAUUUUUAAUAUCUUACUUUUCAUUUAUGGUUUGAUUCACCAGAAUAUAUGUCCAGUGCUUUAAUAUGUAAUAUUUUAUUAUUUUGUCUUUAUUGUUCUAUGUUUAUCUUAGCUUUGCUAUUCUGUAAAGCAUUUUGUGUUACAUUGUAUUUAUGAAUAGUGCUACACAAAUCGAUUUCUAAUGUCUGCCUCUACAUAACUAGAUUUGAAUUUCAGACGGACAAAUAACAACUGAUGAAUUACAGGCAUUUUUUCCUUUAAUCCCGAACAGUUCAACCUCUGCAGUGACAAUUUGUCCAUAAUCAAAAUCAAAUGUGAAACAAAAGGGUCAAAAGGUCACUGAUGCAACAUGGGAAUGUAUUGUAUAUACUGUGCAGAGGUUUGGGGCAAUACUUAUAAAUGUACAAUACAAUCUCUAUCCAUACUGCAGAAAAGAGCCAUAAGAAUAAUUCAUAAUACCGGCUAUAGAGAUCACACAAAUUCACUAUUCUUAAAAUCAAAAAUAUUAAAAUUCACUGACCUGGUUCAUUUCCAAACAGCACAAAUUAUGUACAAAGCAAUAAACAAUCUACUUCCUGGAAAU